AUGGCCCUUCCGGGCAGCAGUAACUUCACCGGCUCCAGGAACGGGUUCGUCCUCCUGGGCUUCCCGUGCCGGCGGGAGAUCCGGCCCCUCCUCUUCUCCUUCUUCUCCGUGUCCUUCGCCCUGACCCUGCUGGGGAAUGGGGCCAUCGUCUGCACCGUGCGCCGGGACCGCCGCCUCCACACCCCCAUGUACCUCCUCCUGGGGAGUUUCUCCUUCGUGGAGAUCUGCUACGUCACCUCCACGGUCCCCAACUUGAUGGUCAACAUCCUCUCCGAUACCAAGGCCAUCUCCCUCGCCGGCUGCUUCCUCCAGUUCUACUGCUUCUUCUCGCUGGGCACCACCGAGUGCCUCCACCUGUCGGUCAUGGCGUUUGACCGGUUCCUGGCCAUCUGCCAGCCGUUGCGCUACCCCUCGAUCAUGACCAACCGGUCCUGUGCCCACCUGGUGAUCUCCUGCUGGGCGGGCGGCUUCCUCUGGUUCCUCCUUCCUGUUUACCUGGUGGCCCAGCUGCCCUUCUGCGGCCCCAAUGUCAUCGACCAUAUCCUCUGUGACUCGGGGCCCUUGCUGGCCCUGUCCUGCACGCCAGCACCUGGCUUGGAGUUCACCUGUUCGGGGCUCAGCUUCCUCCUCCUCUUGGGCAGCUUGCUCUUCAUCCUGGGCUCCUACGCGCUGGUGCUCCGGGCGGUGCUGAGGGUGCCCUCGGCCGCCGGCCGGCACAAGGCCUUCUCUACCUGCGGGUCACAUCUGGCCGUGGUGGCGUUGUUCUACGGCUCCGUCAUGGGCACCUAUGUGAGCCCCGGGGCUGGGGGCUCGGGAGGAGGCCAGAAAGUCGUGACCCUGUUCUACUCGGUGCUGACGCCGCUCUGCAACCCGCUCAUCUACAGCCUCCGGAACCAGGAGAUGAAGGCCGCUCUCCGGUCUGGGCUGGGCUGGGCUGGGCCCCACCCAGGGCUCCUGGACCUUGGUCAUAUUAACUACGAAUUGCCCACCCAGCCCCACCCAGGACUCCUGGACCUUGGUCAGAUUAACUACGAAUUGCCCGUCCAGCCCCACCACCCACCCACUGCCUCGGCUUGA